AGAAAGAAAAUGAGCUCAGCUUUAGAACAAAUCAAAGGCUAUACCUACGUGGUAGCAGAUACUGGCGAUUUCGAAUCGAUUGGCAAGUAUUCACCUAAAGAUUCAACUACCAAUCCUUCGCUCAUUUUGGCUGCAUGUAAAAUGCCUGAAUACCAACAUUUACUGGAGAAAGCAGUCGAAGAAGCCAAACAACGCGCUGACGAUAUCAACGGCCAAAUUGAAUGGGCUAUGGAUUUAUUAGCGGUUAACUUUGGUGCAGAGAUAUUGAAGUUAAUCCCUGGUCGCGUCUCUACGGAAGUCGAUGCCCGACUUUCUUUCGAUGUCCAAGGUUCGCUUCAACGUGCUCGCCGUCUUAUUCAGUUGUACAACGAUAUUGGAAUUGACAAGGAAAGAAUCUUAAUUAAGCUCAGCUCAACAUGGGAGGGCAUCCAAGCCGGCAAAAUAUUAGAAAGUGAAGACGGUGUCCAUUGUAAUAUGACAUUACUAUUUUCUUUCGCUCAAGCAGUUGCCUGUGCUGAAGCUGGUGUCACCUUAAUCUCACCUUUUGUCGGCAGAAUUUUCGACUGGUAUGUCAAAAAUACUGGCCAGUCUUCUUUUCAACCAUCACAAGAUCCUGGCGUAAAAAGUGUAACACAAAUUUACAAUUACUACAAAAAGUUCGGCUACAAAACGGAAGUCAUGGGUGCAUCAUUUAGGAACACAGAUCAAAUUACUGAAUUAGCUGGUUGUGAUCUCUUGACUAUUAGUCCUGCUCUUUUGGAAAAACUAACCAAUUCUUCUCAAUCGGUGCCGCGCAAAUUGUCGGUCGACAUAGCCAAGCAAUCAUCCGCUGACAAAAUCUCUUUAAAUGAAUCUGAAUUCCGUUGGUUAUUGAAUGAAGAUCAAAUGGCUACUGAAAAAUUAUCGGAAGGUAUCCGUAAAUUUGCUGUUGAUGCGGUCAAAUUGGAAGAUAUCAUUCGUCAAAAGCUAGCCUAGAUUGGCUCGUGUAUCUUGCUCCAGUAAAUUUGUUCAAUGCUACCCUUUAGAACGUUACCAUUCAAAAUGGGUAUCUUAUCCCUUCACUUCUUCAGUCACACCACGUUAUUCCUUUCGUAUUUCUAUAGUUCAUCUAUGUAUGUAGAAUGGAUGAUGAAGGCUUUGUUUUGGAUAGAUCUAACUUAAUUUUACUAAUCUGCCUUCGUACACAAGAAAAGUU